UGGAAAGGCUUAGGAGUCACAGAGUCUACAAGAGGUAAGUGAGUGAGUGUAGAAAGAGGAAGACAGUAAUUGUAUAGCAGCGAUGGCGAGCUCAGGAGUUGUGAAGGUAGCCUGCCUUGUUGUAGCGGUGAUGGUGAUAGCUGCACCUCAUCAGGAGGUGGCUGCCAUAACGUGUGGGCAGGUAGUUAGCAGUAUUGCACCAUGCCUGAAUUACCUGCAAAAAGGCGGGGCUGUGCCACCCGCCUGCUGCAGCGGUGUGAAGUCUCUGAACAGUGCGGCAAAGACCACGCCGGAUCGUCAGACCGCCUGCAACUGUUUGAAGUCCGCAGCCGUCAGUAAUCCUUCAAUUCAAGCCGGUCUGGCUUCCUCACUCCCUGCCAAAUGUGGGGUCAACGUCCCUUACAAGAUCAGCCCCAGCACCGACUGCUCCAAGGUGAAGUGAAGGUGAAAUUGAUGGAAAGUUUUAGAUUUACUACGUAGAGUUAUUACGAGAAUAAAAUGGACGUCGUUGAGACGCUGGAGGGCCCCACCCGAGCGAGUGCCCUUUGCCCAUUCCAUUUGUAGUGUCUGUAGUGUUUAUUGUUGUGGUUGUGGUUGUACGAAAUAAUAUUUUAUAUAUUUAUUAAAGAGUCACACCACUCUUUAAUAUUUUAUUCUCUCUCUCUUCAUUUCGGGUUCUUCCGAUUCCAAAUGCAAUUUCGGUCUUUCAGCCUUCUGCGCGCUAGGCUACGUGCCUGGGCCGGAAUGAAUUUGAAUUUGAAGGCAGGGAUUACGGAACUCA